UAUACAUUAGUUUUGAAAGUUUUAAAUAAUUAAAACUGAACGAGUUUACUUUGUAUAUUUAUAUGUUUUAAACGAAGUUAAUAAUGAAACCGAAAAUUAGCAAUGGUUAUUUAACACCUCAACCAACAAAGAAAAAAGAUAAAAAGGAAAAUAAUAAUGCAAGAUCAACAGAUAAUUUAAACACAGGUUUGGUGUUUAAUGAUGAACUAUUUUCACAACUAAUGAAGGAUCCAGUAAAACGAAAUUUAAUAAUUAAUCUUAUAACUUCAGAGAAAGAUAAAAUUGAAGCAUAUAAGAAAGAACUUGCGAAAAAGCACCCAUCUAGUCCCUUGCUUAAAACAAUGAAAAGGGCCUGUGAGAGUCCAACUGCAUUAUUAAGGCGAAGGGCAUUAGAGCAAAUGAAGAAUCCCCAGUCAUCAGAUAGGUCUGAAAAUGGUAGCAAUAAUAGUAGACCUACAUCUAGACAGUCUGUGGCAUCUAGUGUACCAUCACCAGUUAGCUAUGAUAAAAUAUUGGAUGGUGUUAUAGCUUUUGUCGAGGUUAAGACCGGUACUAAAGAUCGUUCAGACGCUGUAAAAGCUCAUUUACAAUCAAUGGGUGCUGUGAUCAGAGAAAAAAUUACAAAAGAUGUUACACAUGUAAUUUUUAAAGAUGGUUCAUUUACUACGUAUCAAAAAGCAAACCUACUGAAGGUUCACUUAGUGUCAGUUUUAUGGCUUGAAGCAUGCAAAUCUAGCUGUAUGAAGGUAUCUGAGAAAAAUUACCCUGCCAUUGGUACUGAGGCCUAUGAUCAUAAUGUAUCUGCCCUUUGUUCACAAAUGCAAAAAGAUUAUGAAGACAUCAUCCAUGAAGAAUUUCAACGCAGUAUUCAUGCAGGUACACCAUUGCCCUCUGCCAAAACUCUUAUCGAUAGAAGAAGAACAAUGGUCAUGACUCCAGCUGGAAAAGAAGUACACUCCUUUACGAGAAGAUCUUUACAAGCUGGUCCUUCUAGAAUUAGCCUGACUCCAGAUGAAGAUAUUACAGAUGAUGAAUCUGAUUUAGGACCUCUUAUAGAUGGGGAUAUAGUGGACAGAAGUAGUGAUUUAUUUGAAGAUUGUCUAAAAGAUACUCCUGUCAAAUAUGAUGAAGUGUUGUCAAAAACCAGCAAUAAUAACGAAGAUAUGGAAUUAACUGAUCUAAAAAAGAGCCCACUUCAUCUCCAAUGUAAAUCUCCUGACAGUUCACCAGAAGUGUAUACCCUACAAACUCAACAGAUUAUUAAGAGUGUUUCAAAAACUUCAAGGAAUGAAGAAGUUAAUGAUGAUGAUAUCUAUAGGAGAAGAACAGCACUUAUGAAUAAUUUAGAUGAUGAUAAUAUUGCUACACCUGGAAGGAUAAAUGAUAGAAAAUCUAGAGUCAGAACUCCAAGAAGCUGUAGAAUUUUUAACAAAGGUGAUGAGCUAACACCUGAAGAAUCAAAAACUUUGACACCAAGAAGCCUUCAUAUUUUUAGUAAAAAUAUUAGCCAUGGUACACCAGAUAUAGCAAAAUCUAAUAAAGGAAAAGGAAGUGCUCUAGAUCUUAUUACAGAAACAAAUAGUUCAGUAGCACAAACAUUUUCUAAGCCUACAGAAAAAUCUUCUAGUACCAACAUGUCUUCUCUUCGAAUAUCAGACUCAAAAAAUGAUAGCUCCACUAGUAAGAAAAGUUUUGAAUCUUGCAAAACAUCUUUUAGCCCACUACAAACAAAUGUAAAUAAUAUUUUAAAAACUUUACAAAACAGUUCACUCAUGUCUGAUAAAUUGGGGGAAUUAGAAAAUAAUACAUCAAACUAUAAAGAUAAAGAUCCUUUUUAUGAUAAAGAAAAGGCAGAAGAAAUUCAAAAUAAAAACACCCCUAGUGAUAAAGCAAAAAGUAUUUCUUUCGAGCAUGUUACUCUUAGAAAAAAACGAAUUCAAAAAGAAAAAGAUAGUAUCGACGAAGAGGAAAUUAAUAAAAUUACACAAGACUUAUUUCAUAAAGAUGAAGAUAAAGCAGUUGACGAAGGUUUUAAUGAGGUAAAAAAACCUCGAUCAAAUAGGAGAAAAACCUUAGCUGCCACUACUGUAGUUACUAAGGAUAAACCAGAAAAUCAGAUAGAAGUUUCCAGUAAAAAGAUAGAGAAAUCCAAAACACCACAAACACAUAUUAGAAACGUGGCCCGCACAUUGGAAAAGGAGUUUGAAACAUCAGAUGAAGAUGAAGAUAUUGUUCAUGAAAUAGAAAACCCUAAAGAAACUAAUAAAUUAAGAAAUACAAGACCUACUGUGGGCGGAGGUGAAGUAAAAGAAAAUAUUCAGCAGACAGCUAGUGCUCAAGUCAUAGAUGACCCUAACAUCAAAAAAAGACAAAAACGAGUAGUAAAACAAAAUAAAAGACAAACAAUUGGUCCUAUAUUAAAAUCACAAGAAACUGAAUCUAAUGAACGUAAAGCAAAAGCAAAUCGUCGAAAAACUUUAGCACCUUCAGAUGCAUCCAAGACAGAAAAGGUUUCUGCUAAUGACAAAAGUAGUCCAGCAAAGAAAGUUAAAAUGUCACCUCCUGAUAAAGCUUGUACAAGAAGAAAGACUAUCAGUUCUUCUGUUGUUAAACUGAAGGGCGGUAAUAAACAAAUCUUACGGAGAACAAUGAGUUCAACAGAUGUAAAUGAUAUUGACACAACUAUUUCACCUGAUUCUAAACCACAAAGAAGAUUUAGGAAGUUAUAUAGUCCUACCGCUCUCCAAGAAAUAUGUAUAGAUGACAAUCAAGAUAGACAAGAAAAAAGACAAGCUAAAAAAUUAGAGGAUCCUGGUGUAUUUGUAAAACCUAUUAUUGUUUCCCAAAAAAUGAAAAAUAUUCUAGAUAAAAACAACUUAGAGAUUGAAAACAUUAUAAAUCCAACCCAGCAAAAAGUGGACUCCAAACCUAUUAAAAACAAAAAGAAAAAUGAUGAUAAACCACAAUUUAAUAGUGACGACGAUGAACAGGUUGACCUGUUAAAUGAGCUCUUAAACAAAAAUAAAAUUAUGGGUCCACCAAAAGACAGUACCAAAUCUUCUGUUACUGACAACUCUAAUACUGAUAACAAAAAAAUAAAUGUCAAUGACCGAAGGUUAUCUACAAGAAUAAAACUAAAAGAACAGUCACAAAAAAUAAGUAAAACGCCCAGAACUCAACAAAAACGUGAUCUAACUUUGAAAAGCACUCCAUUGACUUCUGUCAGAAGCAGAAGAAGUACACAUGAAUUCCAGUCGUUAACUCAAAGUGCCAAGAAAAAGUUAAAAAUCGACAAACCCGUACAACCCAGUAUAGUAUGUACCAAGAUGCAUGCACAAGAUGUUCAAGUGUUCAUGCAGAUUGUCAAGAAACUAGGGCGAUUUGAUGUUGAAGAUGAAGUGUCCAGUAAAACAACACAUUUGGUUGCUGGUGAGCCUAAGAGGACUAUCAAUAUGUUGAGGGCCAUUACCAGAGGUUGUUGGGUGUUGAAAAAGGAAUGGUUGUUUAAAUCAUUAGAAAGCGGAAAAUGGUUGCCCGAAGAAGAUUUUGAAGAAACCAACUUCUCUGCUGCUGUGGAAAAGAAUCGCUUACAGCGGCAAGCCUUCGGCCCCACUUAUACGAUGGACAUUUUUCAAAAUUGCGGUCCAAUAUAUGUCGCCAAAGGAAGUAUUCCCAGAUGUUCCGAUAUCCGUGAGCUCAUUAGCUUAUGCAAAGGAAAAACUACAACAAUUCCCCGCAAUGCUUCCGUAGUCGUAGGAGAAUAUGCUAAGAAUGACGGUGGCGUUUGUGUCAGUGAAGCUUGGAUCCUGGACAGUAUAAGUCAAAAUAAAAAACUGCCUUUCAAAAAAUAUCUCAUUCCGUCGAAUAGAAAAAGUGGCGCAGUUUAA